CUGAUACGGUGGUUACCGGAGGCUCGCCGCUUUACCAACCUAUCUCCUCGCUGUAUGUCGUCGCUAUUGUUGUCCCGCCGUUCCGUGCUAUCAACCGUUUGAUUCGCGUCGCCGUAUAAACCAUCUUCUCAGUUUCCUCUUCGCAACAAAAACCCAAAACGCUUCAUCUCUUCUUCUCGUCGUGGUUAGAAAUUAAAAGGCUUCUCCUAUAUACUUGGGUGGAAGACAAGUAUACAUUGAGGAAGGAAGUCCUAAUCCAGAGCAAGAUAUGGGUGAUUCUUUCCCUAUAGAUAUAAAGCUUCCUGAACUUUGUUUCAACAUAGGAGAGGAACCAAGAUCAGAUGUGAAGAUAAACCAGUUUCCAAACUACGAUGCUGUCAUACAAGUAAAAAGCAUCCUCUCAGUUGCGGAGUAUGAGAGGAUCAAGAAUUCGUUCCUGGGACCAAUUUUGAAGGUUAUCAACAGAGGACUGAUGAUGUCUGGGAAGAUGGUGCACUGUUUUCUGAGCAGAAGUUUAAAGGUAUCAAAGGAAAAUGAACUAUGGAUGCAUUUUGGAGGACAACCAAUGAGAUUCUCAAUAAGAGAAUUCCAUAUGGUCACUGGAUUGAAAUGCACUGAAUGGGGAGCUAAUGAAGAUCAACGGCAGAAUCGUUAUGAUUGGGCUAACACUGAAGAUGCUCACACAUAUGAAGAUGUUUUGGAUAUUCUACAAGGAACUGAUCCAGAGGCAGCAGAUGAAAGAUACUCUCUUGCGAUGCUGAUCCUUAUCGAAUGCAUCUUCUUUCAGAAGUACAGAGGUAACAAGCUUCCUGCAAAAAACCUUAAGAGAGCUCAGCAUUUGGAUGUCUUGGCUAAUUAUCCGUGGGGGAAAGAUGCUUAUAAUCUUCUGAUUAAGUCAGUAAAGAAGAAUGUCCCAUCAAAUCUGAUGAAGCAAAAAUAUGACUUACAUGGAUAUCCGUUGGCACUGCACUUGUGGAUUCUAGAGUCUGUUCCUAUGUUAAAGUCAUCUUUCAGCACAUUGAGUGUAAUUGAGCGACCAUCAGCAUAUCUCUGUGAAAAAUACACACGUACAGUUAAUCCAUCGAUUGCUCAAGUGGAGAACAUUGAAGCAUCAAACCAUCUCAAGGUUAUUCACAUAUUACCAUCGAUACCCGAUGAUACAGAAGAUACAGUCUUCUUGGAAGACACUCCUGAUCAAGAUUUGAGUAUGUUAACAGAUGUACUGAACAAGGGAUACAAAUUGACACUUGAAGACUGGAGAAAAAGAGCAUUGGAUGUUGGUGCAGUGAUGGAAGAUAUUGCUAGGAAUUCUUACCAGUUACGUAACAAGGAGACACUAAAGCCAUCCUCUUCUGGAGAGUCACUAAUGGAGAAGCUAGAUAAACUUUACAACAUGGUUACGGAUGGGUUCAGAGAUAUCAAUUGCCGGUUAUCAAAAAUAGAGGAGAGUCUGGGAAAAUAUAAACCUACCAAUACAGACGAUCAGGAGCAACACCAAGAUAGUGGAAUGUCUCCAUUUGCCAGUUCUCCAACUACAAACCCUACAUUCCCCAGUUCUCCAAGCGCUGAACAAAGUACAGAUAAUGUGAGUCAAGUUUCUGACACUGAGAUUCCUACGGAGAGUGGUGAUGGGAUCCAUACGACUAACAAUCCUACCACUGAACAAUAUACAUGUGACUCUCAGAUUCCUACGGAGAGUGGUGAUGGGAUCCGUCCGACUAACAAUUCUCCCACUGAACAAUAUACAUCUGAGACUCAGAUUCCUACGGAGUGUGGUGAUUGGAUCCGACCAUCUAACAGGUCUACCACUGAACAAAAAACAGUGCAUGUGGCUCUGACUUCUGAGACUCAGAUUACUAAGGAGAUACAAUUGCUGCAAGAAGUUGAAGUUAGGUAUGAGAACAAAAGGAGCAAAGGAAAAGUGAAGGCAAUCCUUGAAAACGGAAUCAGUGUUUUGAUGGACAAAUCAAAGAAAGAAGAAUUUUUUGGAAAAGACCAAAUUCGGUUCUUCGAUAGAGAGAAUGAAAGUGAACCAAAUCCAGAAGUUUUAACUACUGAGUUCUUUACUCCAAGGGAAAACCAAACGGAGGAGUUAACCCAAACGGAGGAGUUAACCGAAAAGAUCAAUACCAUCAUUGAGGAGAUAAACCAAACUGAGGAGAUGACCCAGAAGCUCGAUUCAGCUGUUGAUGUAAGAUUUAUUAUAAAACUUUUUCCUGUUAUUUAA